AUGAUGUGUGAAGCCGCACAGGCAGGGCAGGAAGCGGACGGACACAUAUGGACUGCUGCAGACAUGGGUAUAUGCGAGUUAACACUUACAGCAUUACAUUUUAAACAUGGAAUUCAAUUAGACGGAACCCCUAUGAGCCAAGAGGGCAUGGACGAACACAAGAAGAAAAUACACAACUAUAUGCGAUGUAUUUUAGUAAAUAUAUUUAUGAAGAACAUAAUGGGCAUGAAAUGCUUACAGGGACGUGGUGGUCAGUUUGCAUUCGGUUUGGCGAAAGGCCUAAUAAACGAUGUCCAGGAGGCAGAUGUGGGCAAUAUUGCUUGUGAACAGCACGAUGCUGGAAAGGGCGGAGACGCACAGGGAAAAAGUGCAAAGGAUAGGGAUUUGUGGGAUAUAAUGCAAAGAUGGAAUGACAGGAAUAAGAUGAAAAUAGGACAUGGGGAUAUAGGAGUAUUAGGGAAGGAUUGUAAAGUCGACAGAACAGGACAAGCGGGAGUGAAUGAUUUGAAGAAGACAGUGAAGGAGGCAGUGGGAAAGGUGGGGAAGGAGAUCGAAGAAAAGGUGGAUACAAUAACAGGCACAAUGGGAGAGUGUACUGGUCAGGGUCCCCAAUGUCUAAAGAAAUUAUUACAGGACGAAAAAAGGAAAGAGCAGCAUCAGCAGAAAGCGAAAGAUCAACAGGAACAACGUGCUCCAGCACCCAGACCACCCAGACCACCACGGCUAUCAAGACCAGCAGAGGAAGCAAAGUCAUCACCAGGACGAGGGCGCACAGGGUCAUCCCCCGUCGACCAACCGGGUGCGAACGCCGCCAAAGCAGCACCAGCCACGCCGCCCGGCAAAGGCGGACACGAAGUCGCGCCGAAACCGGUGGAACCGAAACCGUUACCAAAAACACGUCCAAGCCCGAGCAAAGGAGAGGAUUGUCCAUGGAAGAGCAUAUUGGAAGAGAAGAGGAAAGUUGUGCAUGUGCUGGGUCCUCGUAGUAAGGAUGAACUGGAAAUAAUGAAAAAAGUGUUGCAUGAUUUUAUUGAUCAUAUGGAGAAGCACGAGAAGGACAUGGAUGCCAUAGGGGCGAAUUGUGAUAAUAGCGGUUGGAAUGAUAUAGACAAGGAGAACGUCUAUUACAAGGAUCAAACAGUAGCUGACAUGAUGAGGUGUCGACUCAUGUCGGGUGCAUUAUUCUUCGCGAACCAGGACGGACCGGCAGGAAAACAUAAAGCAUUGUACGAGAGGCUACGAUGUGAAGUUGUAAAUGCAUUUGGGCAUGCACUGGAAAGAAAAUAUUGUGAACAUAAGACCAAAUGGAAAAGGGGUGUAAAGUAUGCCUGGAAAACAGUGACAGCGAUGGGGGGACCAGGUGGGGUCACAUCCGGUGGUCCCGUCAUGCAGGACAUAUACACAGAAUGCGGAUAUAAUAUUCAGGGCGCAAUAGUGAGAGUAGUAAACGGAGACAUGGCAAACUUGUUAAUACACGAAGGAAAAAUAAUGGACACAAUUGGAGAACUACAAAGGGAGGUAGAGUGUAGUCAGGAUUGGCAGGAGUAUAAAGCAGGGAAGGAUAGGAAAGAUGGCAGCGGAAAAGUGGACGAAGAGCAAAUCCCAGAAGUAAAGCAAAUGGAAAAGGACAUAGUAGAGAAAACGCAGGCGGCAAUUCAGGAAGUGACAGCAAAAAUAGACGAAGAAAUUGAAAAAAAGAAAAGUGAACAAGAUAAAGCGGCGACAGAGAAGAAGACAGACAAGGACGCCUCGUCGAAAACAUCAGGAACAGAAAAAGGAAGUGAGUUGUCACAGGGGCCAAAGGGCACAGAGGCACCAUCAUCCUCACCAACGCAGCCAUGGUCGUCACCAGGGUCCCCAACAACAGUACUUCGGUCAGACGACACGACGGGUGAACCCACCCGACCCCCAGCAUCCGUCGGACCCCAGGCAGAACCAUCAUUACCACAAUCACCACCUGUUCCUCAGUCACCGUCAGCAUCAGGAAAAGCUGAGACCAGUGAACCAGGUAAGAGAGGAAAGUGUGAAGAGUUCGGGAACGACUACGACAAAAUUACCGCAUGCCUAGAGGAUCAGGACCAACCUACGGGUCCUAACCCUGUCACUAAGUUGGAGGACGAGUAUGACUCCGGGAAGUGGGGUCUCUACGGUAGUACGGGUUCAACAACAAUAUCCAUAGGCACUUCCACAACUACACAGAAUGUACCAACAGGUGAUACUACAGCAACGGAUACGGAGCACAGACACCGUGCGCGAUCAGGAACGGUGACAGCAGCAGCGGCGCCGCAGGAUCCAGCGGCCGCACGACCGGUAGAUCCAGGAACAGGGGGUCCAGCCGCAUCCGUAGAACCGACAACAGAACCAGGUGCAACAGUAACAGAUGUAACAUCAACAGAAGUAAGCACACAACCCGACGCAAAGGGCGGAGGAGAAGAGACAGGGGGAAUACCUGGAACACAGGCACCCGAGAAAGGGUCUGCCCAAGCAAGUGCCUCUCCGGUUGUCCCAGCACAUGUACACAACAUUCCACCCCCACAAGCGGAUACAGGCUGGGGGGGCUUUUACCCAUGGGAUACAACAGACGAAGGCGUGAAACCGAAAACACAGGAUGCGGCUACUUCCCGUUACUCCUCAUACAGCCUAUCUUCCUUUGGUUGCACUGAUGCUCCUGAUUCUGACGGAUACACAUCAUGUGAUCUUAGGAUAUCCUUUGACAACUCACAGGGCACACGGAACCCCGGAGGAUCCUUUGUACCACCUGCCGGACAAGAUGCCACACUGAAUGAUGAAAAUAAAAACUUAAUGAAUGACCCACCUCAGCAUGGCGGCUCUACUCCCCCAGAACUAACGAACACCGUCCUCACCGCCACUACUCCCGUGGUGUUUUUUCUCACUUCCGUCACCGUUGCCCAUCUGGGUUAUUCCCUAUGGAAGUACUUUGCGUACCUCGGAAAAAAACGACGACGAACGUAUCGCACCGUGCGUGACGUGCCAUCACCGCCACUCGACGAAGAAAUUCUAGACCAUUUACAACGCGACGCUCCACCACCACCCGCUUACGGGUACACGAUGGUUACGCAACCUGCGUCAACAUGCGGUAGAGGACGCCCACCACGCGUAAAUCGCCGCACGAUCAUCGAACUACACUUAGAAGUGCUCAACGAACGUGAAUCAGCCGAAUGGGACAACGUCAAAGACGACUAUUUGCAGAUUGUCGUGCAGGAGUUUGCACAGGAGUUUGCGCAGGAUUUGAUGCGGGACAAGGACACGAAUAACAACAUCUUGGGUGUGCCUACCUCAAAACAGGGUUUAUCAGGGAACCAUGUUUCCUUCACCAUGGAUCCACCCACUGACACCGCUGUAACGGAUCGUUGUCGCCCUAACGCAGAUGACCCCGAUCCAUGGACUUGCAUGGAAACUGCACCGUUAGAAACGGACACUUCUCCACGAAAUGCACACAACCCCGAUCCAUGGAGUCGUAUGGAAACUAUACAGUUACCCACGGACCCUUGUCCACCGAAUGAAGCGGACCCCGAUCCAUGGAGUAUUAUGGAACACAUACAGUUCGCAGCGGACCCUUGUCCACCGAAUGAGGACGACCCCGAUCCAUGGAGUUGUAUGGAAACUAUACAGUUAGCCACGGACCCUUGUGCACCGCAUGCACACGACCCCGAUCCAUGGAGUUGUAUGGAAACCAUACAGUUAGAUACACAACGCGACCCGUACUCCUCCCCGCGCACUGAAUGCGCGACGUCGGAGUGCACCCACUGGAUCCCUUGGAUUGACCGCAACAAGCAUCUAUUGCAGGACUGCAUGACGCAGCCGUGGUUUCUGCAAUUAAAAGCGGAUUGGAAACAAUAUUAUCAACAACAUGCGACAGACGACGUAUCCGGCAAUAGUGAACACUGUGAGCACGGUAAUAUCCAAUCCGCAGACAUGACGAAACUGCGGUUGUGGAAAGAAUGGGUAGCGCAACAACAUCGGCAAAUGAGUAUGUAUAAGGCGGAGUGGUUCCAGCAUUUGUUGAAUAAUGUAGGGGAGGAGCAAACACAAGAGAAGGGGUCCCAGCGGGAACAAACUUUGCACGUAAGCAACAUCCCAACAGCACAGGAAAGAGCAACCCACGCAGCAGCAGAACCGCUGGCCCCUGAAAAUAUACCGUUAACAAAGGUAAAAGAACCAGAACAGCAGCACGACCACCAUCCGCAAUUGCGACAUACGGAGCAAUUAACCGCUCACAAACUGUGGAUGCUACUGCUCGCGUUCGUAAUCGAAGAAUGCGAGCUCGAACGCAGUUUGCAGGAGAAGGAGUUACAUGUGGAUGAACUAUUGGAGCGACUGUGA